GAAUCAAUCGAUAAGUGGCAGGCGAAACCAUCGGUUCAGUUAUUGUUGCUCUGCAUUCUUUGUUGGUACUCCAAUUAGACUUUUGACGGGGCAUGAAUGUUGCUGCUGGUGUAGUGUGAGAAGAGUGAUUUUAUCGUUAAAAAGGAAACGGAGAUACAUCGUCCAGGCAAUAUCCUUGCAGAACAGAUUUGAUUCUGUGUUGGUGUUUGUGAGUGUUAAGAACACUAAACUGCGGACGGUGGAAAGCAACCGAAAUGGAGCGCGGACUACACGAUCGCGAUCGAGUAGGCCUGCAGGAUCAGGUGCUACUGGAGGACUAUCAAAGCGAGGACGCGUUCAUCGAUAACCUGCGCAAGCGCUUCCAGGAGAAUCUUAUCUAUACCUACAUUGGCCAUGUCCUGAUCUCGGUAAACCCGUACAAGGAGCUCCCAAUCUACACCGAGAGUGACGUCAAAGAGUACCGGAAGCGACACUUUUUCGAGGCCCCGCCACAUGUCUUUGCGCUAAGCGACAAUGCGUACCGCUCGCUGACGGAGGAGAACCGCGGCCAGUGUAUUUUAAUCUCGGGCGAAAGUGGUUCGGGCAAGACGGAAGCGUCGAAGAAGGUGCUACAGUUUAUAGCGGCGGCCACCGGCCACACGCAAAAUGUGGAGGGCGUGAAGGAUAAGCUGCUGCAGAGCAACCCGGUACUGGAGGCGUUCGGGAAUGCAAAGACGAACAGGAAUGACAACUCGUCCCGGUUCGGCAAGUACAUGGACGUGCAGUUCGAUUUUGCCGGCGUCCCGGAGGGCGGCAACAUUCUGAACUAUUUGCUGGAGAAAUCGCGCGUCAUCCAUCAGAGCGGUGGGGAGCGGAACUUUCACAUCUUCUACCAGCUGCUGGCCGGUGCGGAUGACAAUCUGUUGCGGGAGUUGCACCUGAAGAGGAAUUUGGAUACGUUCUAUUAUCUGAGUGAUGGGGCUAAUGGAAAUGUCCCGAACAUCCGCGACGCGGACAACUUCCGCAUGGUCCAGAAAGCGAUGACGGUUAUUGAAAUUCCGGAUCAGGAGCAACGACAGAUUCUGGAUAUUGUGGCUGCCGUCCUUCAUAUGGGCAACGUCGGCUUCACGGAGGAGGAAGGCAAGGCGAAAAUCCUGAAGCCGGAAUCGGUCACAGCGAUUGCAAAGCUUUUGGGAUGCAACGAAGAGCAACUAACGAGCGCCUUCACGCACCGUACGAUCGAGGCACGGGGCGAGAUAGUGACGAGCCCGCUGAACCGCGACCUUGCCAUCUACGCGCGCGACGCACUGGCGAAGGCGGUGUACGAUCGGCUCUUCACCUGGCUGGUGUCACGCAUCAACACCUCGCUGCACGCGGCCGACCUGCCGAAGAAGAACAGCGUGAUGGGCAUACUGGACAUUUACGGCUUUGAGAUAUUCAAGAAGAACAGCUUCGAACAGUUCUGCAUCAACUUCUGCAACGAGAAGCUGCAGCAGCUGUUCAUCGAGCUGACGCUGAAGCAGGAGCAGGAGGAGUACCUGCGCGAGGGCAUCGAGUGGGUGCCGGUGGAGUACUUCGACAACAAGGUGAUCUGCAACCUGAUCGAGGAAAAGCACAAGGGCAUCGUGGCGCUGAUGGACGAGGAGUGUCUGCGGCCGGGCGAUCCGACCGAUCUGAGCUUCCUGGCGAAGAUGAACGACAACCUGGGUUCGCAUCCGCACUACAUCUGUCACAGUCGCGCCUCGACGACGGUGCAGAAGACGAUGGGCCGGGACGAGUUCCGGCUGGUGCACUAUGCCGGCGACGUGACGUACAGUGUGCACGGCUUUCUGGACAAGAACAACGAUCUGCUGUUCCGCGACCUGAAGGAAACGAUGGCGGAGUGCAGCAACGGCAUCAUACGCAGCUGCUUCCCGGCAGCGGACAUCGGCAGCAAGCGGCGCCCGGAGACGGCCGUGACGCAGUUCAAGAACUCGCUCAACAACCUGAUGGACAUACUGAUGUGCAAGGAGCCGUCCUACAUCCGGUGCAUCAAGCCGAACGAUCUGCAAACGCACGGCCAGUUCGAUGUGGAGCUGGUGCGGCACCAGGUGAAGUAUCUGGGGCUGAUGGAGAAUCUGCGCGUGCGGCGGGCCGGGUUCGCGUACCGCCGCACGUACGAGCUGUUCCUGCAGCGGUACAAGUGCCUGAGCCGGCAGACGUGGCCCCACUAUCACGGCCCGGCCCAGGACGGCGUGCAGAUACUGGCGAACGAGCUGGGCUACGGCAAGGACGACUAUCGCAUGGGCAAGACGAAGAUUUUCAUCCGCUUCCCGAAGACGCUGUUCGACACGGAGGAUGCGUUCCAGGCGCGCAAACACUAUCUGGCCUCGAUCAUACAAGCCCGCUGGAAGGGACGCCGGCAGCGCAAGGCGUACCUCGAGAUUCGGCGCAAGAUUAUCGUGGGGCAGACGUACAUCCGGCGCUAUCUGGCAGUGCAGACGCUGAAGCGGCGGCGCGACGCGGCGGCCAAGAUACGGUUCUUCAUCAAGGGCUUCAUCACGCGGCACGACGAACCGAACGAGUGCAACCGGUCGUUCAUCCAGCUGACCAAGCGCCACUGGCUGCUGAAGCUGGCGAAAAGCUUGCCGACGUCGUUCAUGAACCACACCUGGAUAGCCGCACCGAAGCACUGCCAGGACGCAUCGAUACUGUUGCGCCAGAUGCACAAGCUGCACCUUGCCCGGUGCUACCGGGUGGCGCUGAACGCGGAAAGGAAGCGCCAGCUCGACCUGAAGGUCCUGUCCGAGGCGGUGUUCAAGAACAGCAAGCGCAACUACCCGGAAAGCGUCGGGCCGUGGUUUGUGGACGAUCGCAUCGCGAAGCAGCACGCGACCCAAAUCUCCAACUUUACCGUCACGCAGAUGAACGGUGAAAAGCUGCAUUACUCCACCCCGGUCGUGAAGUACGAUCGGCGCGGCUACAAACCGCGGGAACGGUUCUUCCUGCUGUCCAACAAGGCGGUCUAUCUGCUGGACGGGAAAACGUACAAGCAGAAGCAUCGGCUCCCGCUGGACAAGGUGGACUUUUGCAUCACGAACGAGCGGGACGGCAUCAUGCUGAUACGCAUCCCGCUCGAGCUGAAGAAGGACAAGGGCGACCUGAUACUGGACGUGCCGGACAUCAUCGAGUGCUGCAUCUGGAUCCUGGACGCGACCAAGAACCGCAGCAUCAUUAACAUCGUCGAUACGGGCUCACUGUCCCACAACCUAGUCAGAGGCAAGACUGGCGUCAUCGAAAUACAGACCGGCCCGCAGCCGAGCAUUACGCGGGCAAAGAGUGGCAAUUUGUUGGUUAUUGCUGGCCAAUAAUCGGGUGGGGAAAUGGCAAGCUAACAGUUAUUUAGAUACGCCGUGCGCGCGUGCAAAUCGCGUGCAAAUGUGACAAACGCGCGCUACAAAAACGGGAACAAAGUACGCUCAUAUACAUGUAUGGGAUGAGGGAGCAAGUACGCCUCCUGGAUCUGGACCGGCAGCGGAGAACUAAACCGGUCCCAAAAGAAGGAAGAAAGAAGGCAAAGCGUGAUGUGAUUAUUUUGCCGUAUUUCUUUCAAAACCCAAUGCGAGCAAAAUGAAGCAAAAAUCGUUGUUUUUCCGCGGCAAAAAAGGGAUCAAAUAUUGUUAAAAAAAAGAGUAUCGAACUUUAAAAAAAGGGGUCGGUUUAUCAGCGGCCCACCAAAAUCAUACACGCGCGCACCGCGGCCACUGUGCUGCGCUGGUGUCGGAAAAUUCGCAACAAAAAAAUUAAGGGGAACGAGUGCAGAAAGAGGUGUGAAAAUAGGGAUUUUUUUGCAAGGGUUUAUAUAUUUUAAAAUUUAGAAAGCAAAAAAGAAAAAAAAACAGAACGCGGUCGUCGCCCUCGCGGAAAGCAGAGUGUGUGGCAUGUGUGACACAUUUCGCAAACAACGGACGUGUGUAGGCCGGUUUGAAAAGGGGGAAAAAGCAGGAGAAAAAUGCAAAGCAUACCAUUCAACAGCGCGCGUGUUUUGUUGUCCAUGUAAAAUAGAAAAGUGCCAUUAGAAUUAGGAGUUGCGUUCGCGUACCGGCAAAGAAGGGAGAGAAGUAUUCAAGGGCGCUGAAUGAUUAGAUAGCAACAGGAAAGGAAAGGAAUUGUUCGAGUAGUGGACGGUUUUGUUUGUAACCAUUUAACCAUUUUUACUUAAAGAACGAAAAAACAAAGGAAUAGUAAAUGAAGUGGUUAGCAAAUGAUUCCUAUAUUGCAUUAGAGAGAGAGAGAGAAAUAGUAAGAAAAGCGAGGGAAGAAACUGAUGCACACAACACUUCUUAGUGGCCUUGAAGCAAUGUGGCUUACGGUGAAAUCCGAUAAAAUCGAACGAGAAAUGUAGAAUGAUAGCGUUAAACAACAUUAUUAGUACUUAAAUUUGCGGACCAUUUGGCAGCUGCGAGCUGCGAGCGAGAAAAGCGUGUGCUGGAAGGAGUAGUAGGAGCGGUCUUUCUUUGUUUACCCGGGUUGUUAUCCACGUGUUAUGAAGAAUUUAGUUGUUUCUCUUAUUUUUUAUACCUCCUAUACACAUAGCCUUCACAGUAGUCUAACCGGGCGCGUCCGAAGCGAACAAAAUCUACUGAAAAUUUCCAUGUAUUUUCCCUGUUUUUUUAUUAUUUUUAUUACACUUUUUAAAUUAAACAAAAAACAUACAUCA